AAGACAAAAAAAAAAAGUCUAAAGAGCUUGUGGCAGCGGACAGGAAAAGAAGUAUCAAGCGCAGACCUACACAUUGCCGAGGGGGGAAUCUAUUGAAUAAUUAGCAGACAGAAGUUAAGCUCAAAGCUACAAGGACUGUAAGCAGAUUUCCUGGAAAUCUCCUUGCGGCAAGAUGUGGAAAAAGUCAAAGGUAACCGAUCAAACUGCCGCCGGGCAGAAGGUCAACGCUCCCGAGAGAGGUCAAUGGAAUGACAAAGGAAUUAGGAAGAAGUCCAAAGUGCCAGGUGUCAUGAUAACGCAGUUUGAGGCGGAACUUCCAGAGGGAAUGACAACUCCGGAUUUUUCCCGCAAACCCAUCGCAAUUACUAUUCAAGAAGGUAAAAGUACAGCAUUCAAAGCCAUUGUUGUGGGGAAUCCAAAACCCACCAUCACGUGGACCCGAACAAACGGAGAAAUCGUUUUUCACCCGGACACCUGCAGGCAAAACUACAGCGAGGCGUCGCACGAGCAUACGUUGGAGUUUCCCAAGGUGGCCCCAGAGGAUGCCGACACCUACAAGUGUUAUGCAACAAAUGAUUAUGGACGAGCCGUUUGCACCGCCGUCCUGAAUGUUAUUGAGGUGGGAUUCUCUAAAGCCAAGGAACUGCAAAAGACGUAUGGAGAUGAUUUACCAGACUUUCUUCGGAAAAAGCUGAAAAAAUGCGCUCCAAAGGUGGGAGCGCAAGUUCAAAACGAACCGACACCAGAGGAGAAGGUCUGGGAAAUCCUCAUGAAUGCGGAAAAGAAAGACUACGAGCGCAUCUGUGCGGAAUACGGAAUCACCAAUUUCCGCGGGAUGCUAAAAAAACUGAAGCAGAUGAAGCAAGAGCAAGACGUCGACACUGCAGAGUUUGUUUCACACAUCGAUACUCUGAAACACAUCGAGGAAGACGACGACGAAGCAUCAAUUAACUUGGACUUGGAGCUCAAAGAACUGAAUAGUAAAAUAUUCCUUUAUAAGGACGGAGAAAUGGUUGCCUUGACAAAAGAAGAAUGUGAUGAAAUGAAACAUUCUCUGAAGCAAGUUGGCAAAAAACACGAUAGUGUGCUCUACUCCAUGGAUGUGCAGGGUGGCACUGUAUUCACUGCCGACUUUAAAGUACCUGAUGUCGACUUUGCUAUUAAACUCCAAGAGGUCAAGGCGGAUGAACGACAGGAUGCACUCUUUGUAUGCGUCCUAACUGCACCUCUGAAUGAGAUCAAGUGGUUCGGCAAGAACGCAUUACUGUCAAAUGGCGAAAAGUUCGAAAUCAGCAUCUCGGAAGAUAAGCUCAUCCAUAAGCUGAUCGUACGUGAUUGUUUACCACUGGAUGCUGGCAUCUACGCCGCUGUGGCGGGCAUCAAGUCAUGCAACGCUUGGCUGGUGGUUGAAGCGGAUAAAGAGGCUAGCAGCAAAGGGAAGAAAGCCGCUCGUAAAAACACUAUUGCUGGAUUGGGUGAUGACGAAUACUUGCUGAGGACCGCCAAGGAGCAGCAGGAAAAGUACCAGAAAGAAAUGGAGGAGAGGCUGGAAAUUGCCAAGAAGGCUCAAUCAGAGCGGGACGCUGCAGAGGAAGCCACCCGGCUGGAGGCGCAGGCCGCUAAAAAGAGGUCCGCCGAAACCAAGGCUGCUGCGAACGCGGCUGCCAAAGCUAAGAAGGCCGAAGAAGGCGUGGACGAGUCUGCGAGCUUCCAAGUUGGUGCUCAUGUGGAUGUUGAAGAGCUGAGCGAAGGCAAUGAAGAAGCUGGGCAAAAUUCCUUAUUUAUGGAAACAGUUGAGGUAGAUAAAGUAACAAGCGGUGAUAGUCCCCCUCGACAAGAUAAAGUUAAAGGAAAUGAUCAUGGUGAGGAAACAGCAGUAAAGCAAAAAGGUGAAAGGUGCGGGACAAAAGAAAAGCGUCCAAAAGUGAAAACUGUGGACGCCGAAGAUGCAGCUGUUGGCAAUGACCUUGGAGAGAAAACUGCAAAACAAAAAAGUGAAAAAUUGGGAAAAAAAGAAAUAGCUCCCAAAGUGAAAUUUCCGGAUGAGGAAGAUCCUGCAGUUGGAAAUCAUCAUGGUGAGGAAACUGCUGAGCAAAGCAGUGAAAAGUCUGGGACUAAAGAAAACUGUCCCAAAGAGAAAAUUGGGGACGUCACAGACACUCAUGUUGAAAGUGAUAAAGGUGAUAAGGAGGAGGAAGAGGAGGAGGUACAGCCGCCAGCUGGCAAGCGUGUCAGAAUAAGGCAAGGCCCGCUGAUCGAGGAGACAAUCAUUGACCCGGGCGUUCACUUCCUCAUCGGUCUUUCCGACUGCAAAGCCAUCAUUGGGGAAGAGGCGGAACUUGUGUGUAAACUCAGCAGCGAGGACUGUGAGGGGAUCUGGUACAAAGAUGGAGGAGAGAUCAAGUCAAAUGAGGGUAUGACCAUCAUAAAAGAAGGAAGCUACCAUAAGCUAAAACUCCACAAAGUCCCAGAGGAAUUUGCCGGAAAAUAUAAGUUUGAAGCCGAUGGACGAAAGACAGAAGCCUUGGUGGUUGUUGAAGAUCCACCAAGAUUUGACCCGGAGGAACUAAAAACCUUUAUCACUCCUUUCACGGUGAAGAAGGGACACAAAGCAACCUUCAAGAUAUCCUAUAUGGGACGAGAGCCAGUAAAAGUUCAGUGGUUCCUUGAGGGGGAAGAGCUUUCGGAUGAGGCCAAUAUCAAGCUGGAGACAUCGGACGGCUACACGCGUCUGCUUCUGAUCAAGCUGCAGCGCAAGGACAGUGGUGAAGUCAAGUUGAAGCUUAAAAAUGAGUUUGGUAUUGCCGAGGCCUUAACUGAACUGAUUGUUCUAGAUAAACCCACUCCCCCGAUGGGGCCAGUGGAGAUUGUCGAAGCUUCCUCCUCUGCAAUCGAGAUUAAGUGGCGACCACCGAAAGAUUGCGGCGGCUGCAAGAUAGGCAACUAUAUCCUUGAGAGGCAACAAGUUGGCCGCAACACCUGGAAGAAGGUUGGGCUCAUCGGUCCACUGGCCAAAUACCGGGACUUAGACGUAGACCAUGGUCGCCGGUAUUGCUACCGCAUCAGAGUGGAGACUGAAAUGGGCACCAGCGAGCUGAUGGAAACGGAGGACAUUCAAGCUGGGACGAAAGCAUACCCUGGACCUCCAUCAACACCAAAGGUCGUCAGUGCCUUCAAGGACUGCAUCAACCUCUCCUGGUCUGCUCCUGCCAACACAGGCGGCACCAAUAUUCUUGGAUACAAUCUUGAAAAGCGCAAAAAGGGAAGCAAUCUGUGGGGUCAAGUUAACUCGCCAGAAGAGAUGAUCCGAGCAAAAGGCUUUGCUGUUAAAGAUGUGGUAGAAGGAAUGGAAUACGAAUUCCGUGUGGCAGCUAUAAAUAACUCUGGAGCUGGUGAAUUCAGCACACCUUCGGAAUUUGUCUUUGCCAGAGAUCCCAAAAAGCCUCCUGGAAAAGCUAUUGAUUUCAAGGUGACCGAUUCCAGCUACACAAGUCUAUGUCUGUCUUGGAUAAAACCCAAGGAAAUUAAGGGGGUUGAGGAUGAAGCCAAAGGAUACUUUGUGGAGAUCCGUCCCGCAGAGAACACAGAAUGGAAUCGUUGCAAUUCAAACUUAGUCACCACAAAUUUCUUCACCGUGAAAAACAUGAAGUCAAUGGCCAUGUACUGGGUGAGAGUGAUCGCUGUCAACGAUGGAGGAGAAGGAGAACCACAGGAACUGAACAACUACAUCCUUGCUAUGCCGCCUCCUGUGAGACCUCGCUUCACCGACACCAAAAUUAAGAGUUUCAUGGUGGUGCAAGCCGGAAAUUCAGCACGGCUCACAAUGAAUUUUGAGGCCUCCCCUUGGCCUGAGGUCAAAUGGCUGAAAGAUGACGUGCCGGUGACUAAAACGGUGACCAUUAGCAAUGCGGAAGGCACGUCGCAGCUCUUGAUUCCCUCUGCCGAGCGCUCGGACUCCGGUGUCUACACCAUUGUUGUCAAAAACAUUGUCGGUCAAGAAACCUUCAGUAUUGAAAUAAGAGUCACAGAUGAGCCAAAGCCACCGGGCCCAGUGGAAAUGGAAGAAAAUGUGCCGGGCACGGUGACCAUUUCGUGGGCGCCUUCUCCAGACGAGAAACGUGAUGACAGGUUGCAUUACAUGGUGAUGAAGAGAGACUCCAGCAAGCGAACUUGGAACACGGUGGCAGAUCACAUCUUCAACAAUAAGUUCACAGCCUGCAACAUAAUGCCGGGCAGAGAGUACAGGUUCCGUGUCUAUGCAAAGAAUGACAUGGGCUCCUCCAAACCCACCGAAUCACAAAAGUGGCUGCUACCAAUCAAGAAAGAAAAGUUCACAGUCAACAUGCCGCGAUCCAAAAGCUGCAAUCUCCAGUGCCCCCCAAAGUUUCUCGUCCCACUGAAAAUGCACAUCGCUCCCCAAGGAUAUGAAUGCUACAUGAGCUGCGCUUUAAAAGGGGACCCGACGCCUCACGUCACGUGGCUCCGCGACAACAUUAGCCUGAAUACCAACACCAAUUACUACAUCUCCAACACCUGCGGAGUCUGCUCUCUGCUCAUACUGAGGGUCGGAUCCAAGGACACCGGAGAGUACAAGGUGGUCGCGGAAAACCCCAUGGGGAGAGCAGAGUGCUCUACCAAGUUGACAGUUCGGGGUAAGUAUUUACCAGAGGAUAUUUCAACAGGAUUUGGCUGCAUUGAGGAAAAUAAUUGAAACAAAUCUUUCUGCUUUUUAAUUUUGUUCCAGAGUAAAACAAACAGAACCCCCCCCCCCCCCCCCAGAAGAUGAAGGACCCGUGACCGAAAAAAAAAAAAAGAA